ACGCAACAUCCGGUUGUGCAGCAGCCAUUUUGUCUGUUCAUGCAAGUCCACCCCUCACGUUCAAGAACUGCGUUCCCACUUCGAAAUUACCCGAAAUAUUGUAUUUAUAUCGCUUUAUUUAUACUAUGUAGUACUUUAAAACGGAUUUAAAAAUCCGUUUAAUAUUAAAAGUUCGAAGAGGAUAUUUUCUUCGAAAUAAAUAUCGUAAUUUGUGUUGUGCGCACGGAUAAUUAAGGUUAUGUCGUGCGAGGAAAGCUACUUAGCCAUCAGACGUUAUCUGUCCGACGAGCGGGAGCCGUACGCACCGGGGACCCAUGGCAAUACUAAAAGAAAGAUACGUAAAGCAGCCGCUUGCUAUGUCGUGCGGAAUGGCACACUGUACUACCAGAGAAGGCAGAAGGGCCUGGAUGAAUUCACCGAGUUGGAAGUGGUGUUGCAGGCAGGACGGAGGAAGGAACUUAUCGACGAGUCACACAUUGUAGCCGGAGGAGAGCACCUCAACCAGCAUCACACUUGGGAAUCAAUUUCUCAGAAGUAUUGGUGGAGAGGUAUCCUGAAGCAGGUGAAGGACUACAUGAGACAAUGUAGUCAGUGUCAGAACAGACAGGACCGGAGGGGGCUAUCGGAGGAGGAUACCGGACCUAGGCUGGUCGGCCGACCAGGGAGACGCAGGAGGGUCACAACCCCAGCCAGCGAGGAGGAGGAGGAAGAGGAGGAGGAGGGAGACGACGAGAUGGACUUUGUGACUUCCGUUCAUCACAAGACCCGGAGCCCCAAAACAGUAGCCAAACACGAACUGGUCUUUGUGGACAGUAAGGGAGUGGUGAAGCAGUACCUUCCCAGACACGGUCAGACGAUGCUGGACAAGCUGAACCAGCAGCGCCUCAACAACCAGUUCUGUGACAUCACGCUGCUGAUCGAGGGGGAGGAGCACAGGGCCCACAAGGCUGUGCUGGCCGCCUGCAGCGACUACUUUAAUGAGCUGUUUAUAGAGAAGGGAGCUGUGUCCAGUCACGAAGCGGUGGUCGACCUCUCAGGUUCCAGCAAGGUCAGUUUCCUCCCCCUGCUAGAGUUUGCAUACACCUCCAACCUCUGCUUCAACUUCUGUGUGAUGGCCGACGUUGCCACGCUGGCCCGACACCUUCUGAUGGCCGAGGUCCUUCAGAUCUGUGAGUCCGUCCACAAGCAGGUAGAGGAGCAGAAGCUGAUGGUCUACCAGCAAGGAGACAUCCACACGGUGGUGUCCAGCCAGCCGGCACCCCAACAGGCCCCGAAUGAAGACCCUGGGGCCUACAUUAUGACUAUCGGCAGCGACGGCCAUGCUGUGGUGACUCAUACUGGGCUAGCUGGAGCAGGGGAGGACCUGGACUCCCUGGCUGUCAUGGCAAACACAGCAGAGUCCUUCAGAGGGGAUCUGACGUCUGUAGUCAACCAGGCUCUGGGAGGUGAACCAGGGGAGACUAUGACCGUGGUUGGGGAGGCAGGGUCAGAGACGGUGACUCUAGUCACCCACAGUAGCCAGGCCCGGGUAGGCGAGUCGGUCACCCUCUUCUCCCCUACUGGAGAGACCGAGACCAUGACGGUCGUGACCCACAGCGGCCAGGCUGGAGCCAGUGAGUCCCUGGCUGUGGUGUCAGCCUGUCUGGCCCUGGAGCAGCAGCCGCAAGACGGGGAAGAGGGAGAGGGGGCCUCCCCCUCCAUGGAGCCAGGGGCCUUCCUCAUCAGUGUGGACCCAGGGAAUGUUGCCCCUACAGAGGUGGUCCAUCUGGCUGUAGUGACACUAACACCACAGGAGAAUGCGUCAACAACAUCAUCAUCAUCAGCGUCCCAGAAGGCAGAGUCAGCGUCCCAGGCCUCCCCCAAGCAUCCCCCUGCUCCACAACUCCCCAAAAGGAAGAGAGGGCGUCCUGCCAAAGUCAAGCAGGAAGUUGUGGAGGAGCCUCCUGUUGACGAGGAUUUGCCAGAGCCAGUUUCUCCCUCUGCAGAGGAGAUCCAGGAAGAGGGGACCCAUGACCCCUAUAAGAGACGCCUACGGCAGCGUUCCGUGGGGGAGGGAGGGUACGUCAGACUACACAUGGGGCUGGAGAAGGACCCAGCACCCCCACAGCUCCCCAACACCCCCAAGAAGAGAGGCGGAGGCGCCAAGAGACCAGUUAAAGUGAUGGAGACUGUUGUCCAGACGGACAUGGAGGAGAUCCUGUCAGUGGAGGGCGUGGCAGACGGAGCUGAGCUGAUCACAGAGCAGGCUGUGGGGGAGUGGCCAGAGCAUGGCCCCGCCCAUCCAGAUGGAGGGAGUGAGGUGGAGGGAGAACACGUCUGUUCAGAGUGUGGACUGUCGUUUCAACGACGCUACGCUCUCAUCAUGCACACGCUCAAACACGAGAAGACCAGGCGAUUCAAGUGUAGUUUAUGUAACAAGGAGUUCCAGUACACGGCCUCUCUGAGGGCCCAUCUGACCAGACACAAGCACCAGAAGAGUCAGAGGCCGCCCCUGGUCAGGGUCCCCCAGCCCUACGGCGAGGAGGGCCUCGAGGUGGACGGCAGGACCAAGGGACGCACCAAGAGAGAGUUUGUCUGUGACAUCUGUGGAAAGACUCUUCCUAAGCUGUACUCUCUGAGGAUUCACAUGCUCAACCACACUGGGGUACGGCCCCACUCCUGCAGGGUCUGUGGGAAGACCUUCGCUCAUAAACACAGCCUGAAGAUGCACAGAGGUCUACAUGACGCUGUUAAACAGUUCCACUGUCUGCUCUGUGACAAGUCCUUCGCUAGUAAGAGAAGUCUGGAGGAACACACCAGUAUUCACACAGGUGAAUCUAAGUAUCUCUGUACCCAGUGUGGGAGGUCGUUCCACCGAGCCUCUGGUCUGAGUAAACACUUAAAGAGGCACCAGCCCAGACCUGACGUACGAGGAUUCCCCUGUAGUCACUGUGAUAGAAGUUUCUUUGAGGCCAAAGACCUGCAGCAGCACAUGAACAAACACCUGGGACUCAAGCCCUUCCAGUGCCAGAUCUGUGGGAAGUCGUACAGCUGGAAGAAGGACUGGUACUCCCAUGUCAAGUCCCACAGCGUGGCAGAGCCUUACAGGUGUAACGUCUGUGGUAAGGAGUUCUUUGAGAAGGCUCUGUUCAGGAGACACGUGAAGAAGGCCACGCAUGGCAAGAAGGGCAGAGUCAAGCAGAACCUAGAGAGAGAGUGUGAACACUGUGGCAGGAAGUUCACCCAGCUCAGAGAGUACAGACGACACAUGAACAACCACCAGGGAGUCAAACCCUUUGAGUGUCUGACGUGCGGCGUAGCCUGGGCCGACGCCCGCUCUCUGAAGAGACACGUACGCACCCACACCGGCGAGCGCCCUUACGUGUGCCCCGAGUGCCAGGAGGCCCACAUCGAUGCCCGCUCCCUACGGAAGCACAUGACCAAGUACCACGGCGACCUCCUGCCGGGGAAGAUCAUGCUGGAGAAAGAUACCCUACAGUUUCACAACCAGGGUACUCAGGUGGAACACGCCGUCUCCAUCCUGGCGUCCGAUCUCCCCCCCGAGCUCCGGCCCGUCCAGCCGCCGCCGGCCGAGGAGAUCGAGACGGUGCUGAUCACGGAGGAGACGGUGGAGGCGGUAGAGGCAGUUCAGGCCGUACAGGGUGACGGGGUCGCGACCUUGUCAGACCAGAGUAUCAUGCAGGUGGUGAACUAUGUGCUGUCCCAGCAAAGUGUGCUGCCUGGGGGGGUGAAGAUGGAGGGAGAUGAAGGGCAGGAGGUAACACAGACCAUGGAGCAGCAGGAGGUAAUACAGACCGUGGAGCAGCAGGAGGUAAUACAGACCGUGGAGCAGCAGGAGGUUAUACAGACCAUGGAGCAGACCGUGGAGCAGCAGGAGGUAAUACAGACCAUGGAGCAGCAGGAGGUAAUACAGACCGUGGAGCAGCAGGAGGUUAUACAGACCGUGGAGCAGACCGCGGAGCAGCAGGAGGUAAUACAGACCGUGGAGCAGCAGGAGGUUAUACAGACCAUGGAGCAGCAGGAGGUAAUACAGACCAUGGAGCAACAGGAGGUUAUACAGACCGUGGAGCAGCAGGAGGUUAUACAGACCGCGGAGCAGCAGGAGGUUAUACAGACCGUGGAGCAGCAGGAGGUAAUACAGACCGUGGAGCAGCAGGAGGUAAUACAGACCGUGGAGCAGCAGGAGGUAAUACAGACCGUGGAGCAGCAGGAGGUUAUACAGACCGUGGAGCAGACCGUGGAGCAGCAGGAGGUUAUACAGACCGUGGAGCAGCAGGAGGUAAUACAGACCGUGGAGCAGCAGGAGGGAGAUGGAGCAGCAGGAGGUUAUACAGUCUGUUGAGGGAUGUGACAGACGGCACCUAGUAGACUGACUCAGUCACGAGGCACAUUUUGGUUUUUGCUCUUAACACGACACAGCUAUUUAAAAUGAUUAACUCACCAUGGAGCUUUGACCAUUUGAAUCAGCUGUGUCGUGCUAGGCCAAAAGCUAAACAUGCCCCCCCCCCCGCCCCCUUUGUCACUUUGGUAACGGCCAUUUCCUGCAAUCUAGAGCAACAAAAAAGGCCUUGAAUGAUAAAUAAAGUCUUAAAAAAUUACUUGUUUUCUUUAUUUUAAUGUAAUUUAACGUAGUGGCGCUGCUAGUCCACAAGGUGGCACUGCGCCCCCUCUUCCAUUCUUUGAGGAGAACCCUGUAGUGUCCCUGAAUCAGCUGGUCAGGUCCGGUGACUAGGGCUAUGUGGUUACUCUAUCCUCUGUAGAGUACAUUACUGUCGACCAGGGGCCCAUAGGGCUCUGAGUGGGCCGCUAUGUAUGGGGGGGGGGGUGUAAGGGGCCAUUUGAGAGGCACCCUUGGAAUGCUAAUCAUAAGAGAAGUGAGUAGUAGACCUGCUUCCUCGACAGAGAUGGGACUGUGUGGAGUAACAAGGGCACCUGGGGGUUCAGUAGGACACAAAGGAAAGUCAUCUGUGUUGUUAUUGGACAGAUUGAGGUCCUGCCUGGCUGUUUUCGUCCUGUUGACCAGGGCCCCUGCUCCGCCUCAACCCAGGGACCAUCCUUCUCUCUACAGUGGGACAGAAAGUACCAAGGCAACUGUUAUUUUGAUGAUGUACAUUGAAUGAACUGAGGUUUUGACUUUUCUGUUCGAUCUUGUGUAUAAUGUGUAAAUAACGACGAUCAUUAAAAUAUUCAGAAUUAAUAAUCUAGGUUAAUUUACUGCAUUCAUGAAGUUAACCCGAUUGUCGAAUCUCAGGAGAGAUGUUUGUUUCAUAGAAUUCUAAAAGAAUCCAGAAUCACUGUUUCCUUCCUCAUGUAGUAAACCAGCCUGAUCUGCCAGCUCACAUUCUGUUUUAGCUCAAUCUGGUUUCACAACACUUAGUUUCUUCCUUGUGUUGGUUAGAGCUCUGUUGGGCUUUACAAAUGACCUCAACUAACCUGUACCCGUUGACUUGGUACCCGUACCCCUCUAUUAUAUAGCCUCAUUAUUGUCAUGUCAUUUUAUAACUUUAGUUUAUUUGGUAAAUAUUUGUUUAACUCUUAUUUCUUGAACUGCAUUGUGGGUUAAAGGCUUGUAAAGUGAGCAUUUCACAGUAAGGUCUACACCUGUUGUAUUUUGCGCAUUUGACAAAUCCGAUUUGAUUUGUGAACCUCCCUUCCCGCUGGCCACAGGUUUUCCUUAUGGAGUUGGUGACAGAGCUCUGUUGUGAAACCCCUCUGCCUAAACUGAAACGUUAUACUACCUAUUGCUCUUUAGGUUCGUCUCUUCUGCUUUUCUCUCAAACACUGAGGACCACAUAGUGUACACCGUACUGACGAGAGGUUCCAUAUGAAUGAUUUAUUCUGCUUUAGAUCGUGUAUCUUGUUUCGUCAUCUGCUCUUUUCUGAAACGUUUGUGUGUUUCUUCCAAUUGAGUUGAUUUGUUGACACUUAUAAACAUCAUCUAUACACAAACUCCCCAACAGCAUUUGGUAACUAGGCGGUAUUUUAUUUUUGGGUUUAUAGCAAAAUAAAGUACAUUGCAAUAUAUUUACAAUACAUUGUAGAAAAAUAAGGAACAGUAGAUUAGACGGUACUGGUUUUCUGCUUUCGAUGUUCCCGACGACAACAACAACAACAACAUACCAGGGUCAUGUUUCUCUUAACAUAUCGAUGAUGUCCAGUUUUAUAGAACUGUGUUUUAUGGCAACAUUCCUCUGACCGUGUGUAUUAGCACAACGACUUGUGAGAGGACCAGAUUUAUUCAUUUUAAUGAAUAAAAAAUAAACUCCUUUACUGUUCUGGCUUUUAACCACAAACUAUUCUUAACUUCCUUUUUUGUUGUCCAAUAUUUACCUUUUUGGGAAAAUACUUAUCAUGUAGCGUUUAGAAAAUAACUCUAUAUAAGUGUGUGUGUGUGUGUGUGUGUGUGUGUGUGUGUGUGUGUGUGUGUGUAUAUACAAUAAUCUCAAUAGGUUUGGCCAUCUAUCAAGUUCAACACAUAAAAAAAGGUUUAGACAAUGUGGUUCCAAAAAACAACAAUCCAUCAAUAUUACAACUAGGAUCAUUUACAAUAGAGAAAUAUAGACCAGAAAUGUUCUCAACAGACCUCCCUCCCCUCCCCCCCACACACACACAAUCCAUAGACUGUACACCGGGUUAUAGGUGGCAGAACAAGCAGGCAAUGAAUGUGUUCCAAAUGUCACCCUAUUCCCUAUAUAGUGCACUACCUCUGACCAGGGCUAGCACCCUAUUCCCUAUAUAGUGCACUACCUCUGACCAGGGCUGGCACCCUAUUCCCUAUAUAGUGCACUACCUCUGACCAGGGCUGGCAUCCUAUUUCCUAUAUAGUGCACUACCUCUGACCAGGGCUAGCACCCUAUUUCCUAUAUAGUGCACUACCUCUGACCAGGGCUAGCACCAUAUUCCCUAUAUAGUGCACUACCUCUGACCAGGGCUAGCACCCUAUUUCCUAUAUAGUGCACUACCUCUGAUCAGGGCUGGCACCCUAUUCCCUAUAUAGUGCACUACCUCUGACCAGGGCUGGCACCCUAUUCCCUAUAUAUAGUGCACUACCUCUGACCAGGGCCCCCUUGUCGAGUAGUGCGUAGGGUGCCAUCUGGGACACGGCAAUAGGAGAGGUGAACACCAUCACAAUCGGGUCACGUUUAUUGGUAACCAUCACAACAUCAAGGGCUAUGAGCAUAUUGAGUUUCUUGUUAGUUUCAGUUACUCGCUAAUGAUAAACGUAAAUACUUCAGGUACCAACGGUUUGUGAUAAUGCAUUAUUGUCGUUCACGUAGAAAUACAUUAGGUACUUAUAAACAGGACGGCUAACACUAGGGUUAACAUUCCCAGGUUUCCUGGGCAUCUCGGAGCGACGAGGGUUUAACACAGGCACAGUAGAAAAGCAGUUUCAGCAUGUUAUUAACACUUCUCCCUGACAGGAAGUCAAACAAUAUGUAUCUUGGAAGUGUAUACAAUCAGGUCAAAACAGUGUUGUGAACUAAAAAUAACAGGUAACCAUAACAGUCCAGUAUUGAGCAGCAGAGACUGGGAUUCAACCCAACGGGUUGUAAAAUAGAGCGGCAUAGUACACUUGGACUUUUAUAGGUUCUUUAAGGUUGUCACUGGUUACCACAGCCACAAAGUCAAAAUGGCUCUAUCGUAAAAUUCAUGAAGUCUUAAGAUUAGGCAUAAUGUCGGCAGUGGGUUUAGGUUUAAAAUCAGAUUUUAAGAAGAUAAAUGAUAGAAAUAGGCAAAGGGUUCACCAUAAUUAUGAUUUGUUGGAUAUGGUAACUAGUGAUGACCGUAAUUUACCUUUGAGCAGACGUUAAUAUAGGACUCCAUUUUUACAGUAUAUUUAGCAGUGAUUGGUGCAGUACCAGCGUGGCCACUAGAUGCCGCCACUCGCCUGUUUAAUGUGAGGUUCUUCUAGGUUUACCAAGUGAGUCAACAGCAAGACAGAAAAACUGACAUAAAUACAUGUCUUAACGUCAGGAAAAAUCGUGGCUGUCUAGUGUCCUGCUCUAUAACGCGCCUUGGAUUCAAUCUCAGCCAAGAACAACAACAACUCCUAAAAGUUUCCUCUCAAAGUCAUGCUUUAACAAUGGAAU